CCUCUUUUCUUUCAGUCCUAUACAUCGUACGUGGAUUUUUUCGGCGUCGUUGAUGUAGCGAAUUCUUCCGUACAAUUUCGUGUGUCGUCAUUUAAUGGCAGUGGCCUAAUGGGACGUUUGAUGAGCUCGGAAUGGUAUACGGAAGAACAGCUGGCUGGAGGCAACCACAUCAAAAUGGUUGUUGCUGAUGAGAUAUGGAAGGACGAAUUGGCAGCUGUUCGUGUCGCCUUCAAGUCAUCUCAGAUGUCCUCGUGCUCGCUUGUGCUCACCUAUAAUUCACAUAUGGGUGUUGAACAACGAAUGGAAUUUGUCAUGGAUCGCUCUCGCGGUUUUCUGCUCGAUCGGUUGGCGUUUGACCAUCCGUACACGUUGCGCUUAUGGCGUAUCGGUGCCGUAACAACGGCAUACACUUCGCAUGAAUUUCGCACUCCACAAUGCUUGAAGCUGGUGAAUGAUCCAGCACUAUGU